CAUAUAUUCACCAUUUCAAUUUGAUUUCACGUCAACAAAAAAAAAUGGCAAAGAUUUUGUUGAUUUCAUUUUUUGUGGUCAUAACCACUUUCACAUUGGUUUCAGCUCAACUUGGUAUACUUACUUGCGAUUCAUUGAUAUUGAAUGGAAUGCGUGAUUGUCUAACAAAAUUUGCACCAUCCAAAGAUUCUAAUCCAUGCUGUGCAUAUAGAAAAUAUCGAGCUUGUAGCUCGGGUCUACGUAGUGGCUUAAAAGUGGCUGGUAAACAAGCAGGCUGUACGAAUUCAUUAUUAGCUCAAGCACAUCUGAAUUCUCUUUCUGAUCGUCUGACCGGUGUUCCAUUGAGUGGUUGUAAAGAUGCUAAAAAAGCAUGCCGAAAAUCAUCAUCAAAACCUAAAAGAAAACCGUCAACCAAACCUACUUCAUCGCAACCAUCAUUAUUGGGUGAUACUUCUUCAAUUUUAUCACCCGGUGGUGGUGGCAAUCCACUAUCAUUUAUUCAAGAUUCCGUUUCAUCGGCUGUAGAUUCAUCUCGAUCAUUGCUAAGCGGUGGUUUUGGUGGUAGCUCACCAUUAUCAUCUUCAUCAUCAAGACGAACAAGGCCAUCAAUAUUUGGUGGCAAUAAUUCACCAUUGGAUUCAGUAUUCAGAGGCAUUGGUGGUGGUGGUGGAUCACCACUUGGCGGAGGAUUAUUCUGAUGGAUUUAAUUCGUGACAGAAAUUCAAAAUAAAAGCUUUCACCAAAAAAAAAAA